AUGGUGUUCUCAUUUACCACCAAAAUGCCCUUGUUUGAGUCUAACUGGCCACACCAGAUCGUGGCGGCGCCCGCACCUGCCGGUGCAGACGUUGUGCUUGUCAAGAUGAUUUCUAGCACUGCCGUCAUGGCAUUCGAAUGGAUCAUUCUAAUACUUGCAUACAUCCUCGUCGCCGGUCGCAUCUAUGUCAAACUAUUCCUCCGAGGUUUCGGUAUCUACGCGGCUGACUACUUGUUAAUUGCUGGUUUGGUAGCCUGCCAAGGUUUACUUAUCUGUGAUACUCUGACGUACCAAAUGAAUGCGAUGGAUGACUUUGCGCUCGCGAGUACGAGUAUACCUGUCAAGAAGAUCCGCUUCGCGACCAACUACUUCUUCGACACGGGCAUCUACUUUCCGAAAUUUAGUAUUCUCGCCUUCUACUUCAACCUUGUGCCUGUGACGAAUUCGAGCAUGAGGAAGGCUCUUUAUGGGCUGACUGGAAUAACGGCUGCCUUUGCGUUGACGACCUUUCUGUGCGAUACAUUUUGGUGUGGAGCUGAUCCUUCUAUCAACUGGGCGGAAGGACAUCAGACGUGUACCGUCUUUACGUCUAUGACGUUGAUGAGAUUGAAUUGGUCUCUGAACUUUACGACUGAAGUUCUGAAUCUCGUCUUCCCCAUCCCACUACUAUCAGGUCUUAUGACAUCGACGCGAAAGAAAAUUGGACUAGCCGUCGUCUUCGGAAUGGGCAUAAUCACCAUAAUCGUCAGUGUCGGCCGCUUCGUAACAAUGCUCUACGUCCACAACGACAUAUCCAUCUGUACCUCUCCCUUUUCCCCACGCAACCCUGCCUCUCGAUUAACACCAAUUAGAUAUCUGGGCAACCGCCGAGAUCUGUAUUUCAGUAAUGAUCGUCGCCCUCACCGCUCUACGCCCCCUCCUUCGAAAGUUCACCAACCACGCAUCCACGAGCAGCGACGACCGAACUGGACCUACAAGGAAUUCUAUAUACUGGCCUGGCAGCAACAAGAUUCCAAGAAGGCAUGUUGUGCAGGUUGGGUCAGAGAGUUUAGCCGGUAG